AUGACUACUAACAUCACAACCGCAACUCUUCUUAGCAUCCCUACCUCCACCACCACCACCACCACCACCACCACCAGCACUUCCACAAACACCAACAUCAAAGCCCUAAUCAUCGUAUUCCUUGUCACCAUUAUUGGAGUUUUAAAACUCAAACAAAAGUCGACAUUCAGAAAGGUUAGGAAGGGCCCUCCACUCCCUCCAGGACCAACUCCAUGGUCUAUUGUAGGGAACAUCCCCGAAAUGCUUUGUUUCAAGCCCACAUUCCGAUGGGUACACCAAAUGAUGAAGGACAUGAACACCGACAUCGCUUGCAUUCGUCUUGGAAACACCAACUUCAUACCUGUAACUUGUCCAGAAAUCGCCCGAGAAAUGCUUAAAAAACAGGAUGCAAACUUCACCGACCGGCCGCUUUCGAUCUCGGCACAUGCAGUAAGUGGUGGAUACAUGACGGCAGUCACUGUGCCUUUAACUGAACAAGGGAAGAAAAUGAGGAAAAUCUUGGUGUCCGAGAUUAUUUGUCAUGCAAGGCACAAGUGGCUUCAUGACAAAAGAGUUGAAGAGAGUGACAAUCUUGUGUUCUAUGUCCAUAACCAAUACAAGAACAACAAAGACGUUAACAUAAGAAUUGCGACACAGCAUUACUGUGGUAAUGUGGUAAGGAAGAUUUUGUUUAGUAGGACAUAUUUUGGGGAGCCAAUGAAGGAUGGAGGACCUGGCCCUGACGAGAUUAAGCAUGUUGAGGCAGUUUUCACAGCACUUAAAUAUGUCUACUCAUUUUGUGUGUCUGAUUACUUGCCUUUUCUGCGAGGGUUGAAUAUUGAUGGACAAGAACAGAUAGCGAAGGACGCUAAUAAGACUGUUAGAGAUUAUCAAAAUCCUAUAGUCGAUGAGAGAUAUGAAGAAUGGAGGACUGGUCAAAGGAAGGAGAUGGAGGACCUUCUUGAUGUUUUCAUCACUCUCAAAAAUAGUGAUGACAAACCCUUGCUCACUCCAGAUGAGAUCAAGAAUCAAGCCACGAGAUCCCAAUCAACCUAUUUUGAGAGCCAGACAGUAACGGUAAUGCAAAUUACAGGGAAUAGGGUGGCGGCACAUACGGGGUAUGCUGUAGCAGAUUGUGGAUACGAUGAGGAAAAGAGAAGCGCUACUACUGGUGGGCAUACUGAGGCGGGACUUGAGGUUGUAUAUCUUCAGAUAUCUGGAGAUAUUAACUGCUUUAGUGGGGAGGGCUGUUUUCAAUCUGGCAAUGUGCUGGAGAUAUUAGCAUUCUGGAAAACCCUCAAAUAUAGUUCUGAGGAACCCUCAAACACGAUGAACAAGCCUUGGACUUCAUGGAGCGUUGGGAAACCUGUUAGCAAAAACUUUUGUGCAAUGCAACUCUUGGGUUUAAUGUUGGGUCCUUCUCAAUUGGGCCUUCCUAUUUGA